GCGUCAUCGCUGCUUUGCAUAUCCGGUUUGUGUGACUCACAUCAUGGAUAUCUGGAGACGAGGCCAGCCGACCUGCGCUGCAUAGAUGCGCCUUCUGCUGGGAUAAAACGUAAAGCAAGAACAGAAAACAGCUGAUCUUCAAUAAUGGACGGGUUUGCGGGGGACAUGCUGAGCAGUGGCCGGGCCCUGCUUGGCGAGGACAGCUCGGUGAUGGCUCGCAUGCAGAAGAAGUUCUGGAAGACCAAGCAAGUCCUCAUCAAAGCCACGGGCAAGAAGGAGGACGAGUACGUGGUGGCUUCAGAUGCUGACCUGGACGCUAAACUUGAGUUCUUCCGCUCCGUUCAGUCGACGUGCACAGAGCUACUGAAGGUGAUCGAGAAGUAUCAGUACAGGAUCACACGCUUGUCUCAGGAGGAGAACGAACUCGGCCUGUUUUUGCGCUUCCAGGGUGAACACGAUCGCACAAAAGCUGGCAACAUGAUGGACGCCACCAGCAAAGCCCUCUGUACCUCCGCCAAGCAGAGGAUGGCGCUUUGUCCGCCGCUGCAUCGUCUGCAUCAGGAGGUGGAGACGUUCCGGCGGCGUGCCAUCGCCGACACGCUGCUGACGGUGACUCGUAUGGAGAAGGCCCGCACCGAGUACAGAGGAGCUCUGCUCUGGAUGAAAGAUGUCUCCCAAGAACUAGACCCAGACACCUACAAACAGCUGGAGAAGUUCCGCAAGGUCCAAGCCCAGGUCAGAGGGACAAAGAGUCAGUUUGAGAAACUGAAGAACGAUGUGUGUCAGAAAGUGGACAUGCUGGGAGCGAGUCGCUGCAACAUGCUGUCCCACUCCCUCUGUACCUACCAGACCACUCUGCUCCAGUUCUGGGAGAAAACGGCUCACGCUAUGUCGGAAAUCCACGAGGCCUUCCAAGGACACGUACCGUACCAGUUUACCACACUCAAGGACCUGAGAGACCCACUGGAGCAAAUAUCAGACUCACAGAAACAAGAGGACAAGAGGGAGAACGCUCUGCAGGGAAACACAGACAGUCUGGUGUCCUUGGAUGACGACAAGCCAUCAGGAAGUGCCUCUAAUGCAGACCUAGCCCUCAGCAGUGAUGGACAGAGCCAGACUGCAGUGCACCAAAGCGCUACCACACCUGCUCCAGCCCUGCACAGCCUCAGAGGACCGUCAGUCGGCUCUGAUGACGACUUGAUGCUCAUGGCCUGCGACCCUCCGCUGCCCCCACCCUCAACAAAUGCCCCGCUGCAGCCCCAGCUCCUGCCUGCCCCUCAGGCUGGAGAUCAGAAGGAGUCCAGGUCCUCCGGUAAACUGUCUGGCUGGCUGAAACUAGCCAAUUUCACCUUUCCUUUGCUCUCAGGUGGGCCUCCACAUCCUGCUGGGCUGAGACCAGAGGACGAGGAGAGCGAGAGAAGCGACAUGGCUUUCCUCAAAGACCUGCUCAGCCCAGGUUCCGGGGCUGGAGACGAGUUCAGCAGAGAGUGGCAGGAUGCUUUCGGGAUGUUUGACCCUCCCAGCGUUCCUCCAGCGAGCGGCGGGGCAGCAGCAGGUCCACCCUCUAACCCUCCCAGCCCCACCGGCUUCCUGCCCUCCCAGCUGCUGGAUCACAGUCUGAGCUCCACAGGCUGGGCAACUCCACCUAUGUUCCAGGCUCCGCCCCUGCAGCCUCCAAACCAGCCAGCUCAGCCGACUCCCAGUUCAACAGCCAACGCUGCUCAAGGAGGAUCCAAAGACAUGUCUGCGUGGUUCAACCUGUUUGCAGACUUGGACCCUCUUUCCAACCCUGACGCCAUCGGACGCUCUGCGGAUGAGCUGCUCAACGCCUGAAGUGAGCGUGUUCGUGUGUGUGUGUCAGUCAGUGUAUGUUUUCACUCCAAGGAUCUGGAUUUUUGCAACACCACACACACACACACAGAUAUGCGUCCACAUUUCUGUUAUCAGGAGGGAUGUGUACAUAAACACGCUUUAUAUUUGUGUUACACUGGAAGAUGAUGUUUUACACUGGAAGCAGGAAAACGCUGUCAGGUGAGAUGAUUGUUGAACUCUCCUCCGUGGCACUGCAAAAGACUGUUAACACUAAUCAUGAAGCCACCGACUGAUGCACACAGCAAACCCUGACGUGGUUUCUGUUACCUGUUCAUUUACUGCAGCUUCUGUCAGGCGGUAAGAGGAAAUGUUUUGGAUGGUGUCACGUUUUCUGUGUUUUCUCUACGUUUGGGUGUGUGUCUGUUUGCUGUGUGUACACUUUGAAAGGGACCCAGGAUGGGAUAAACGGUUCUGUUUGCUGCUUACGGUUGUUUAUAUGUCAUAGCACAGUUGUCUCAAAUGAGUGAAGGAUGAAGUGAAUGCAUAAGAUACGAUGGGCCUGUAUUUGCACACCAAAAGAACAGCGGCAUUUGAAGAUUCAGCUGCAACGAGAGUCUGUAUCAUGAAGCAAGAUUAUUAUAUUAACCAAUUAUCUCUGGGUUUAUAUCAGGUUUUCUGCCAUCAAGAACCUGGCUCUCCUAUAACCAGUGAAUAUCAACAUGUUCUGCAGAGGCAGUAGCAACGUAUUGGUGCAUAAUCAGAUUUUAUCUGCUAUAGAUUUGUGUCAUUUAAGACAAAGCAGCUUUUUGCAUUAAUAUUAUUACUAUUUUGAAAUACGCUAAAGAGCAAGUUGCAGUACUUUGUGUGUAGCUGUUAUAUUGUGUCUGUGGCGCUGCAGCUAAAAUCACAGAACGACAACUAAUUCCACAGAGCUGACGCAUAGAAAGACAGUUAACCAGACCAAAAUCCACUAAAGCUACUUGCGCAGUGAUAAAAAGUCGGCUAGCAUAGCUAAAGACGGCUAACCGCAGAGGGAGAUCGCUAGCUACUCAGCUAAAAUCAUAGACAGGUAGCUACACGGCAAUAGAGAAACCUCUAACACAGCUAAAAUCUUAGCGAUGUCAUACGAAGUCACAGAAAGACAUGACUACACAUUUAAAUCAUAGAAACGACUAAUAACAAUAGAAGAAAGACGGCUAACUAUGCAGCUAAAGUCACAAACAGACAGCUAACCACAUAGCUGAAGUCUCAGAAAGAGCUAGCUGCACAGCUAAAGUUAUGAAAAAACCGCUAACCUCAAAGCUAAAGUCAUAAACAGACAAAUGUUUAUCCAGUAAUAGAGAGGAUGAUAACUGCACAAACAAAUGUAGAAAGAAACUAACAGCAAGUCACAGAAAAACAGCUACUGGCGAAACUAGCAGCCUUAAUGCUACGACUAGCAUGCUAACUUGCUGACAGUGACAUUGCCACCUUGUUUAACUUGCUCACAAUCCUAAUUUAACAUGUUGGCACAUUUAAUUAAAAAAAAAUAAGUGUAAGUGAGACUGACAGAAGUGCUGUUAGUUUUGCAACUGAUGUCAUUUUUACACUUAAUCCUUACAAAAAUAUGAACCUCUGAAGCAAAUUUCAUGCUAAUCUGUCAAAUAGUUGCUCAUUUGGAACCGAAAUAGGGGACUGACUGACUGACUCACUUUGCCAUCCCGGCAGUGGUUUAUCCUCUCUGUAACUGUUUUGGUAAAUAGUAAAUCACCAGAAUGUUCAUAUUCAGGACUUCAUGUUGCAUAUUUCAGUACCGUUUUCAUGCUUGUAAUUGAGCCGAUAGCCGCCUCUCAGUAGCCAUCAUCCAGGUUUUCCAAGGUUGGACAUAAUACAGACUCCUCUGGAUAAAUAACGAGAUGAUUUAUGGAUUGCUGUAAUGCAACGUCGCCUUCUUAUUCUUUCACGUGUGAGCCGUCCCUGGAAAGAUGGUGUCACUUGACGUCAAAUUCACACUGUGGAAACUCUUUUGUGACCCCAAGAUUUUCCUCCAAUUCAUCCAUCAUUAACCCAGAAUGCUUAAUAUUGUCUUUAGUCCCAUCUGCCGUUUAAACUUUACAAUCAGAAGUCAAUGGCCAAGAAGAAUGUGAGUAGGAGUUAUUAUUUUGUACUCAAAGGUGAAGGAUUUUUAUUAUUAUUGUUAUCACCGUUGGGCUAUUUAAGUCCUAUGAAUGUGCAAAGUAACAGAAUCUGAUGCAUCAAAAUGUAUUUAUUUUCAAUUUAUAUUGCUAUCACUGUUUGCAAAAACGUGUUUUUGUGCAGUAUAGAGUAUACAGAUGAAAAGAAGACUAACACUAUGAAGUAAACACUGUAAAAUACUUGUCUAUUUUUAGCCCUGUGUGUGUGAAUGUGUGUGUGUUUGGAUGGAUCGUUUUAGAGGGAACACUGGAGAACUGUUACCAUAGCAUAUUUUCAUCCAACCGGAUCGACAUUUCUGAAUGUUUAUGGACACAGCUGGACCUUAUGGAGAAUCUGAGGGAAAACUCCGAGGUGUUGAGGUGUGAACGUGACGUCCGUGAGCUCAGUUACGAUAUUUGUGUGCCUGUAAAAUCUCACUCGGUGCAUCAUUGGAAGUCCAGCAACUCGGAAAAGACGAUUUUCUACAAGCUGCACAUCAGUAAAUCAGCUUUAGGGGGGCAAAACACACCCUCUUCUAAUUAUUGUUUAUAAUGCAAUGUUUUGUGGCGGGAAAAUUAGGAAGGAACACUCGUGUGUAUUAUACCGUUUACUCUUGAUUUACAUGCUUAAAAUAAAAGAAUGUAUUUCUCAACUCAAUCACAGAUGCUUUUUUUUUUUUAAAUUCAACUAUGCCUUUUUAUUUCACUCGAAGGGGUUUAACAGAUGAAAACUUGGCAGUUCUGUUUCCAGUAGUUUGUCUCGUCUCAAACUCUUCCAAAAUGCUGUUUAUCCAUGAAAAAAAAAAAAACACAAAA